AUGCCUCGCGCUUCGAAACGCACCUUGGAGGAGAUCGUGUUGAAGUCAGAUUCCGACGAUGGCGAUUACAGCGAUAGCAGGCCGCGACCUGCGCGAAAAUCCACUACGGCCAAAUCCAAAUCAAAGAAACGGCCUACCAAAAGGCGGAGGAGAAACUCGAUGAUAGAUGAUGAUGACGAUGAUGAGUCCGACAUCCUCACCAGCGAGGAUGACAUUUCUGCUGAAUCUGAGUUUGAUGAGGACGACCCUACCCUGGAGCGAAACGCUCGAGGAUCAAUAAAAAGGAGUGCUGCGAAAAAGGCCAACUAUCAGCUUUCGUCUACAAGCGAUGAUGAUGAAGAGGAAUUGGAGGAGGAGGAGGAGCACGAGGACGAGGACGAAGGAGAGGCAGAUGAGCGGGAUAUGAAGGGGAAAUCGCGAAAUAAUGACAAAGGCAGAACAACAAAACGACUACUGGUGAAAUUUCCCAUCGCAGCCCAGUCCAGCAAUACUCGCACCACUAGGAAUACCAGGGGUCGAAGCGCCAGCAAGGAACAUCCGGCACCCACCGAAUAUCAAGGGAAUAGGCGAAUUACUCGCCGAACCUAUGAUGAGACUGAGGAUAUUGUUGCUCUCACCGGUUCUGGACGCCACGUGGAGACAGUACGUAAGGCCACACGCAGCCCCGACGCCCUUCCACGGACACGCAGGGGCACUGCUGUGCCCGCCCGUGCCCCCUCCAAAAGUAUCAUCGAUGAGGAAGAUGAUGGUGAUAAGGUCCCUGUUGAACCGGUGGCGUCACAGAUUGAAAUAAUGGAAAGUGACCAACACGGAGAUUUCGAGGAAGACGCACCAGCUGUGGCUGCGUCAGAUAAUAUUCAACCCUCAGCGGAAGCAGAAGAAAACGUCCAAGAUAAAGACGUUGAAAUGGGUGAAGAAGGCAUUAUACCUGAAUCGGACCAAGGCGGGGAAAAUGAGGACGAAGAAGAGGAGGAGGAGGAUGCUCCACGGUCUAGUAGAAACUCUCGGGCAAGUCGGAAGCAGAAUAUGGCACUUGAAACAGUGGAAGGGGCAAGCCAAGCUACUCGCCGUUCGGCGCGCAAAUCUACGGCUCGAAAUUCGCGACAACCACAAGACGAUGGCAGUGAUUUUGAACCCAAUGAUGACGAAGCUAAUGAUGAAGAUUUAUCUGAAUCUGAAGCAUCAGCCGCUUCACCACGCAAGGGCAGCCAACAAAAUAUCGAGGAGGUAUAUGAGAGUAGUAAUGACCGUCGAUCUAGGCUAAGAAAGCGACAAUCUCAUUCCCAAGGAAGAGUUGAGUCGGAGGCAGGUGAACUCGCAGAAGAACUUGCAGAGCUGAGGCCUGAACGCCGCCGCCGGAGAGUGCAAAAUGAAAUAAUCUAUGAAGAUAAACCACGACGCACUCGGAAAUCUGUGGACUAUAGAAUCAUCCGACCUGAGAUUGCUUUGCCUAUUGAAGAAGAAGACGCACCCUCCGGCUCUCCUUCCCGCCGCGGCCGUGGAGGAGGGAGCGGCUGGCAGAGGACUCUCUUUUCAACUUAUGGCCCCUUUGGUGGCGCGGGAGGCCGUCCGCCACUCCUAGGGGGGCCAGCGGGUACUGGUGCAGCAGGUGGAGCGGACAGCGACAGUAGCGACGACGAUUCCGGCCAAAGACCAAUGGUUGGUGGGAUGGCAGGGAUGACCCCUACGUCAGGCCCUGCAUCGGGGUUCAAUGUUGCAGGCCAUGCAUUCGCACCGGACAAUGCUCCUGGCUUGUCAGGCACUCCAGCGAAUUUCGGGAAAGUGAAGGAUAGGCAAGCUCUGGCUGACGCCGACCCUCUGGGUAUCGAUCCAAAUGUCAAUUUUGACAGCGUUGGGGGCCUACAAGGUCAUAUUGACCAACUCAAGGAGAUGGUUGCACUUCCUAUGCUCUAUCCGGAGAUUUUCCAACGGUUUCAUAUCGUUCCGCCUCGUGGAGUUUUGUUUCAUGGUCCUCCUGGCACUGGAAAAACACUUCUAGCUAGGGCUCUCGCCUCAAGUGUGAGUUCAGAAGGCCGAAAGGUAACCUUUUAUAUGAGAAAGGGGGCGGAUGCUCUCAGCAAAUGGGUCGGUGAAGCGGAGAGGCAACUCCGUUUGCUUUUCGAUGAAGCUCGCAAGACGCAACCUAGCAUUAUCUUUUUCGAUGAAAUUGAUGGCCUUGCGCCCGUCCGAUCGAGCAAGCAGGAACAGAUCCAUGCGUCUAUUGUCUCCACUCUCCUUGCGUUGAUGGACGGUAUGGACGGUCGAGGCCAGGUUAUUGUCAUAGGGGCAACGAAUCGACCUGAUUCUAUAGAUCCUGCCUUGCGACGUCCUGGGCGGUUCGAUCGCGAAUUCUACUUCCCUCUACCUAAUACUGAAGCCCGGCGAGCGAUUUUGGAUAUCCAUACGCGGGGAUGGGAUCCUCCCCUUCCUAACGAAAUCAAGGAUGAAUUGGCAGAGCUGACUAAGGGCUAUGGUGGUGCAGAUCUACGGGCUCUAUGCACGGAAGCAGCCUUAACUGCCGUGCAGCGAAGGUAUCCGCAAAUAUACAGGUCCAAUGAGAAGCUCCUCAUCGACCCUAAGAAGAUAGAGGUUUCUCCGAAAGAUUUUAUGAUAUCACUCAAAAAGCUGGUACCCUCAUCGGAGAGGUCCGCAUCAUCUGGUGCAUCGCCUUUGCCCUCCAUUGUUGAACCCCUUCUAAGAGUUCCGCUGCGCGACAUAAAGCAAAUCCUUGCAGAGAUUCUUCCUCAAAAGAAGAGGCUUACGGCUCUGGAAGAGGCUCAGUUUGAAGAGCCGGAGGAUUCGGUUGGGUUCAAAAGGGAACGGAUGCAGCAAGAAUUUGAGACUUCACGUAUCUUUCGACCAAGAUUGCUGAUCCGAGGAAAUCCAGGAAUGGGACAGCAAUAUAUUGCGGGAGCACUGCUCCAUCACUUUGAGGGGCUGCAUGUGCAAGCCUUUGAUCUUCCAACCUUGAUAAGUGACUCAACGAGGUCUCCUGAAGCUAGUGUAGUUCAACUGUUUACAGAGGUGAAACGACACAAACCAAGUGUCAUCUAUAUACCCAACGUACAAACCUGGUACGAAACUGUGGGACAAACAGUUAUUGCAACAUUUCUCGGCUUACUACGUUCGCUUCACCCAACAGACCCUGUGUUACUUCUUGGUGUCCUUGAAGAUGAUGGCGACAAUAUCGACACGACGAUGAUGCGUGAUUUCUUCAGCUUUUCCAAAAAGAAUCGAUUUGACCUUCACGCACCCGAAAGCCUCUGGCGACAUGAGUUCUUUAAUACUUUGAUAAAGAAAAGGCGUAAGCUCGAAACAUUAGAACGAGCACCCCCUGCUCCUCCCCACCCACCCGUACCUCCAACAAGGCAGGAGAUAAAGGCGCAAAAGAAAAAGGAUCGGCAAACCUUGAAUAUUUUAAAAAUUCGAAUUCAACCAAUCAUGGACGAGAUUAAGAAGUAUAAGAAAUUUCGGGCUGGCGUCAUUGACGAAGCACAAAUUAUGUACCUGUAUGAGGAGGAGGAUCCGAAUGUUGUGACGACUGAUGUACCCUUAGAGCACCGUACUACUUUCCGUCCGUUCGAAAAGGAUGUGGACAAACACGGUGUACCAGGUUUGCGCGAAACUGUAUCCGGCAAGUUUUACUACAACAUGGAUAUCGUCACGAUCGAGAAACGGUUGUCGAACGGAUAUUAUAAGCGGCCGAAGGACUUUUUAGCCGAUAUCAAGAGGAUUGCGAAAGAUGCCCGGCAACUUGGUGACCAGGAUAGGCAGUUGAAGGCAAACGAGUUACUCUCGAAUGUUGAAGUCGAUAUCGGGAACCUUGAACAAUCGGAUCCUCCACUUGUGGCUGAGUGCGAACAAGUCUACCUUCGUGAAGUCGAACGUGAGAGGGUUGCUCUUGAAAAAGCGAAACGGGUUGCAGGCUCAGAUGGUGCCAUGGCCCCUCCGCCAAUAAUGAAUGUUCCCCAUGGAAAUACGGAGAAUUCGAACCAGUCGUCCGGCCCUGUUGUCCUGGGCGAACCAUUUUCAAAUGGUCGUCUCCCUCUACGGAGGGAGCCUGCCACCCCUCCCCGACCAUCUCACCCUAGUACGAUUACAAAUGGGUACGGGCCAAAUAAAUCUAGCAAAGAUGCGGAUGAAGACGUGACUCGACCUCUCACCAGCAACGGAUCUAUCGGUGCAGAUGGCGACGUUCAAAUGUCAAAUUCGGAUGACGUGCAGCCAAGCGAGCGUGAAAAUACGCAAAAUAGUUCUUUUGGGCCAUCAGCACAACCACGACCACCCCACUCUUACACGGGACCAUCCCAACAGCUUCGGCAACAGUCUGGUCUCUCGAAUUUGUCGCAGAAGGGAACAUUGACGCCAAUGGCCCCUGGUUCGCAGCCAGGUGAUUACGCCAACGAUGCGUCAACUACGCAGACGACUACAGACAAGAAACAAUCGGGCCCUUCGGAUUCAAACCAGCUGAACACCCAAAGCUCAAUUGAUGGUUCAACGAAACAUGAAUAUCCCGAUCUGAAUUUAUACCCUGACCGCUUGUCUGGAGACGAACCUCUACCUGAUACGCAGCAGGGAGAAAGUGGCGCAUGGGGAACACCCCUCGCAGGCAACCUAGAUUUUGUGAACUCGCAACAUAGCCUAGUCAAUGGCAGCCAAUCACAAAGCAACAACAGUAAAUUCUCACAACUAGGGACGCAACCACACAUACCACCGUUCGACGGCUCUGGACCAAGGACGACUACCACACCCCGCCAAGUGCGUGUACAGGAACUUCUGCAUGCGGAGGGAGCUCAACAACAUCAGCGGCACACAUUUGAUACUGGAAAGUUGAUUGUGGAUGAUCGUCGACUCGAAGCACUGCAUCAUACUCUUACGCAGAGGACGAAUGGGCUCUCUGUAGAGCAGCUGGAGCAGGUUAAUAAGAGUCUGAUGGAUUGUGUGUGGAAGAUGCGUGGGGAGUGGAAUCGGGUGGAGGUUGCAGAGGCAGUGAAGCAGGCGUUUGAAGAGGCUUUGGACGAUAUACAGUCUAUGCAGGACUUUGCUGCGAUUCCUUGA